CGGAAAGAAAACAUGGGCACACUCUACUCGGGUUUCUGCCGAUGACGUAGCGGCCUGUAAACUCAUCUAUUUACAUUUCUGGAUCACAGAGAGCUCGCGAGGGGUAGGCCUACUUCCUACCGGCAUUUUUGUUCAUGUUUUUAAAAUAUCCCUUAUAUGCAGAGUACGCGAAUGUGUGACAAUGAUCGUCCCAGACCACUGAUUCAGCCCUAUGUAUCCGCCAAUCUGGUCAUAUGUUCAGAGAAGAAUACCUGGAAGAAGAUGAUGAACGACCUUUGCUGCUCAGCUCUUGUUCUUCUCAUGGUGUUUUGCUCUGGAGGGACUGUAGCCGUGCAGUGUCCCUGGGGGGAGGGGUGUGUGUGUCUGCGGUGCCCCAGUGGCCAGGAGCUAAUCAAGGCUUGCGGGCAGGUCAAGGGACCAGGCGAUGUGGUGCAAUGUCAGGCUUGUCCAGCGGGCACGUUUUCAGACGGCUAUGACUCUGAUCAAUGCCGUCCACACUCCUCCUGCGGGGUCCUCAACAAAAUGGUUGUGACCUCUGGUACAUCACACUCUGAUGCUGUCUGCGGAGACUGCCUGUCUGGGUUCCACCCCACUGCUGGGCGGACAGCCUCCACCCUGGUCUGUGUGAGAGCUCCCCCUUAUCUCUCCCCAGCCCCCCCGGCCCAGUCGACCCACGUGCGCGUGGUGCGUACGGUAGGUAAGGGUUUGGCGGGCAGCGGCGGCCUGCCGGUGAACAGUACGGCAGUGCAGAAUCUGGAGGAGAAGAGGACAGAGUAUGCAGUGUUCGUCCUGGUGCCAAUCUUCUGUGUGAUGGGACUCCUGGGGAUCCUCAUCUGUAAUAUCCUCAAGAAGAAAGGAUACCACUGUACUGCUGAGAAGGAGGGAGGAGACGAGGAGAAUGCCACACCACAGAAAGAGGGUAACGGUUGUCCCUACAUCGUAGAUGACCCUAAUGAAGACACCAUCAGUGUUCUGGUACGCCUCAUCACAGAGAAGAAAGAGAAUGCUGCUGCCCUGGAGGAGCUGCUAUUGGAGUACGAGAGUAAACAGAUGGACAUCAGCAAAGCCUCCUCAAUCAAGUUUCCUGUGCUGUCUCCUCUGACUCAGUUCCUCUCCCUGCCCAGACUGUGUCCUCACCAGUCUCACCUCCACACCAUCUCUGGUCUGUCUGGCCUGUCUGGCCCCCGACACGGCUACUGCUGCUCCCGCUGUGCCCAGAAGAAAUGGCCCCCCAUCCUCCUCGGCCCCCUCAAACCCCCACAGUCCCUCCUGUUACCCCCUCUGGACCGCCAGUCCCUCCAGAAGACCCCUCUCCUGCCCCCCGUUGACACACACCACUCCCCCCCUAAGAUCUCCCAGACCUCCAGCCCUGGGUCAGAGUCACUCCCUAAGGGGGAGUGGAGGAUGCCUGGGGAGGUGACCCGGUCUGUUGGGAGGUUUCAGGUGGCUCAGAUUCAGGAGCAGAGGCCUGGUUCCAUGGAGAUGACGUUCCGACCAGAGUCUAGUGACUCAGACUCAGUGGAAGACGCAUCUCUGCUGGGGGGGAACAAGUCAUCCUCGUCCUCUUCCUCAUCAGCUGCCAGGGGUUAACAGCUAAACAUUUGCAGUGGUGAAUGCUGGGUAAAAAAAUAACUCUACCUCGCUGAGCGAUGGAUGCGAUGGGAUUCCAAAACGGUGACCAGAGAGGUUGAUUUUCCUCUUUGUUGGGAUUUGGGAAGUUAGCCUGGGUGCUUGUUGGGAACUUAGCCUGGAUGCCAGACACAGGGAGACACUCAUAUUUAUAACACAAUCAACUUGUAUUUUAUCCUAUUGUUGAGCAAUAAUCCUCUGUCUUUAGAGGCAGGGAGGAGAAGAGAGAAGGAACAAACUAUUAUUAACCCAUGUGUG